UCCGUUCUCAGCGUGUUGAUCUUUUUUGUGCGUUGACGCGAUGUGAAUCGGGACUGGAGAGAGAUAACGGGUGAUGCCAGCAGAGAAACGAAAUAUCGCUGUUAUUCGAAUCUGAUGUGCAUAUGUCGUGUGUACGUUGUGUAGCGUUUGGCUAACGAGCGGCGUUGAUCAGAGGCCCGGCCUGAAUCGCCUCUCGCUCGUAUUCGUUAAUGGGAGCUCAGUAGCUAGCUAACUUGACGACAACGACGACGACGAUGAUGAUGAUGCAUUGGUGGAUUUAUCCCGGUGUCUCUGACUGAGAUGGAGUCAGCGACGCUCAAGCGGAGCUGCCUGCUUGCUAGCUAGCGAGCUAACGGUGCCCGCCGGGAGACACCGUGCCCGAGCAGCCCUGGAUAACGUUAGCUAAAUGGCUGCAACUGCAGUUUUACAUUACGGGGUUUGUUGUAACGUUAUCACACGUUUCCAUCGCUAUCCCCGGAUUUGAUAGAAAGGGAACAUGUCAACUAGCAAAAAUUGCUAAAUUAACCGUUUAGGAGAGCUACACGUGAUAUAGUUUAUCUCGCUCCAGCAAUUAGCUACAUCCCCGACUGUCCUUGGAUGCUUCAGUGACACUAAUUGGGACGGUGUGUAUCAGGAUGGCACAGCUCUUGGACGGGGCCAGCAAACUGGGCUGGGUUCUGCUCACGGCUGUGCUCCGUUUUGUGUUUAUGUUCUUCAACAACUGUGUAGCCAUCCCAUCGUACUGCUUAUACCUGCUGCUUCUCCAGCCGCUGAGAAUAUGGGACAGCUCCACUUUCUGGCACAUUGAAGGAAUUAUGUUCAAAUGGUUGCUGGCCAUGGUGUCUUCAUGGGGCUGGAUUGCAGGCUAUACAGUAACGGAGUGGGGUGACGAUGUACGGCCCAUCUCUGAAGAGGAAGCCAUGGUCAUCGUAAACCACCAGUCCACAGGAGAUGUGUGCACCCUCAUGAUGUGCCUGCAAGACAAGGGCACGGUGGUACGAAAAAUGAUGUGGUUGAUGGACCAUGUGUUCAAAUACACCAACUUUGGCCUAGUGUCCUUGAUCCAUGGGGACUUCUUCAUCAGACAGGGUAAAGCUCACAGAGACAAGCAGCUGGUCUACCUGAAAGAUCACCUAGACAAAUACUACCACAGCCGUGACAGGAAGUGGAUAGUUCUGUUCCCCGAGGGCGGCUUCCUGCGCAAGCGGCGGGAAACCAGCCAGUUAUUUGCUAAGAAGAACUCGCUCCCCCACCUGACCCACGUCACGUUGCCUCGUCUCGGGGCCACCCACGUCAUCCUGAAAACCCUGUCCGCCCAGCAGGAGAACGGCAGCGUGGGCAGCGAGACCGGGACCCCAAACCAGACAGGUAACAAGCGUAAAGGCCUGCAUUGGGUAAUAGACGUGACCAUAGCUUACCCUAAAGCAAGACCCAUGGACAUUCAGACCUGGAUCUUUGGCUACAGGCCUCCUACAGUCACACAUGUACAUUACAGGAUGUACCCAAUAAAAGAGGUUCCUGUGGAGGCAGAGGCCCUGACUGAUUGGCUGUAUCAGAGGUUUGUGGAGAAGGAAGAGUUGCUGGCCCAUUUCUACGACACAGGAUCAUUCCCCACUCCAGAAGGACACAAGGAGGCUGUUUCCCGGCAGAUGACCCUUGACCCUGUGUGGCUGUGCAUCAUCCAGUUGUUUGCUUUUGUCUCCGGCUACAUUUGGUACAGCGUCCUCCAGUACCUCUACUACUGUUUAUUUUGAGUGCACUGAUGAGGCGAGAGUCUUAAUCGGACCACUGGAAAAGCCUCAGGAUCGGUUGGUGUGUGGCCCAGCGUCAUACAUGCCCCCCCCCCCUACGAUGGAUGAAUGUACAUUUGCAACAGUGGAGAGACUUAACCGGAAACAGUAAACAUAUGAAGACAAGUACACAGACACACAGAUUACAGAAGCCCAUACGAUAUGAGACUGUUCACAGGCAUAGUUAACUUAACACACAGCCCUAACACCACACACUCGCUCCAACGGCCUAGCAGAAUAAUCUCUCGCACUCGUCACGACUCACAUUUUGAUGUUUACACGUCCUCAUACACGUAGACGCUCACACGUACAUAACUUUUUAUUCAAAGUUAACGAAAAUGAGGCUCAGGACUCCUCCAGAACACGUUCUGGACCGGACUCUCUCUCUCUCUUCCCCUCCCAGGCUUUAGCCGUAGUAGUUUUACAGAGUAUAAAGUAUGUAUGGACGCGUGUGUGAGUGAAUCUAUGUGACUAGAAGCAUAAUGUCUGCCCUUAUUUUUCCUCCUGGCGAGAGCUGACGAAGCCCACUGGACCUCUCUUUCAGCCCGCCGACUAGCCGGUUGGCCACACCUUCCAGAGCGAGCGACUGUAUGAACGUCGAGGCUGCACAGCUGGCUGCUCCUCUGGCAUUCAUUGCACUAAGGAUCCAUACUGCCCUAACUGCUCCCUGCCCCAGGAAAUGCUCCUGAAUGGUAGCUGUCAGUGUUUUAAUUUCUUUUGUUUUCUUCCCCUUAACCUGCAUAUCUCCACAACUACAGCCAUCGUUAUUUGUAGUCUUUUUUUUUUUUUUUUUCUUUUUGUUUUUUUUUUUUUUUUUUUUUUGUCGUCGUCGUUGUUGUUAUUGUUAAUGUUGUUGUCAUCGGAACUUUUUUCCUGUGUCCGCCUGUCUGUUGAGGCAGUAUUCUGAGCUCACUGAAAAAGGGGGAUCAUGUUUACACUGGCAGCCCUGCUGAAAGCCUAAAAGGACGGUGGCUAUGAUGCGGUGCUUGAUCAAGGAUCUUUUUCUGUUUCAAACGUGAAGGAAGGAAGAGGAGACGGUGCCGAAACACAAAUUCAAAAAAGGAUUAAAAAAACAACAAACAAAAAAAAGUCUGGUGGCACCCAGGGCAAGAGUUGAUCACCUAUGAAGUAAUUCUCUCUAUGUGGAUUCUCCUUUUCACCCUCUGCUCUCCAACAUGCAUACACACACACUUACACAGACAAAUAACACAUGCGCACACACGGCCAUGUGCAGCUACACAGCAGAGUAGACGUCUGUCUCGAGGAUCAUCUCAGCAAGCCAGACUGAGAAGGCACAGACUCUUAUUCCCCCAUUGGACUAUAUAGUUUUACAAAUAUUUAAGCCAUAUGCUUAGUGUCGUCGGGGUGGGAAAAAGACAUGGAAAAAAAAUAUGAUUUUUAUAGAAAGCUACCCUAAUGUUCAGCAUUCUAAAAUAGAGAUUUUGGCUUACAGAACUAUAGGUGUCAUUACUGUAAAUUUACAGCAUAACCUGCCUAAGUGAGUGUGUGUGGUUGUUGUCCCCCCCCAUUUUUGAUAUAUAUGAUUCAUGUCGUGUUGCUCUGUGGCGUCAGAGUGUGGCGGCAAUUUCACCACAAGUGGUCAAAUUUUAUUUCAUUUUAAAUUACAUGAACUUUUGUCCUCAUGUCAUGGUAUGUUUAAAUCUUGUACAUAAAGCAGAGGAAGAGUUUUCAUUGUUGGAAAUGGAAUAACUGCAGCGUUUCUCUCUCUUUUGGUCCGUGAUAAUUUCAGAGAAUUUUAGUUUAAAUUAUCAUGAAUGUUUAAAAAAAAAAAAAAAAAAAAAAAAAAAAAAAAAAAGGAAGAAGAAGAGAGCAAGGAUUUUCCCUUCACUUCUCAGUGUUAAACCUGUAUUUUUCUUUUCUUUGAACUCCUGAGCAGGAAGUUGUUGUGUGCUUCAAGACACUAGAGCUACUGUAUGUCUGUGUCCCGGCUGACACACUAUUUGCACAGCAAAACAUGGGCCCAGUUUCAGACUUGUACAAUUGUACAUGUUAAAUCAUCGGGAAUUAGUGGAAAAACUGCGACUAUCAAGCCUUACCUGAUGUCCUGGUAGACCACAAUCCCAAAUAAUGCUGUUUCCUCACAAUCCCUCUUGACAAACAUUUGGUUUGUUUGUUAUAAAGAUGGUUCCAAGGAGUCGAGCUAAAACUGGGCCAGUGAGGAAGGGAUCACUCUUCACUUAGAAGGGAAACUCUGGCAGGGCCCUGCAAUGAUGCAGCUGUUCUCUCUCGAAUGUACUUGUGUUGUGGUUUUGAGGUCAAUUAUAUGUAAUUUGCUUAGCCUGCUUUAAAUAGGAAAAUUAUAGAGGAGCAGCAGUUAUCAUUGUUAAGAACUAAUGCAUAAAAGGUGCUUAGUAGUUACUGCCCUCCCUAUGCGCCACUGUUGGUAGAAACUGUGUGUGAAACUUUUUAAAAAAGGGCUACCUGAUUGGGUAGGUGAAUACAUUUUAAAUCAGGCUGUAAAUGUGUUUCAUCCAGCGGCCCUUUCAGAUUCCCCUCCAUCGUGAGAGUGACUUGAAAUGAACCUUCAUCUUUUUUUUUUCUUUUUUUUCUUUUUUUUUUUGCCUUUUAAUUUUUUUCUUUUCUUUUCUUUUUUAAUUUUUAUUUGACCAUGUUUCCAAAGAAGGCAGGGAAAUAAUGUUUUCCUAGAUGUGGUUUUAGGAAAUAAACAAAAUAGGGAUUUAAACAAAUUAUACUAGAACUGUCUGUAAUUUUCCAUUUUGUACUUCUCCUUUAAUUCCUAGCUACACAGCCAUUUUACAACACAAAAAACUUGUGCUGGAAUAAAACAUCAUAAAGAUCCUAA